AUGUACUCAUCAUCAUCAAGCGGCCAUCAAGUGAUGACGAGGUCGAGCACGGACCAAGCCCAGCAAUGGAUGUGGAUGAAGCGCCACCGCACCACCCACUUCCUCGCCGCCGCCGCUACCACCUGGGAAGAGAGAGCCUUCGCGGAGGACGCCUCCAGCGUCCUCAACGGCGGAGGCUGCAUUUGGCCCCCGAGGUCCUACGCGUGCAGCUUCUGCCGCCGCGAGUUCCGCUCCGCCCAAGCCCUCGGCGGCCACAUGAACGUCCACCGCCGGGACCGCGCUCGUCUCAAGCAACAACAGUGCCACGACGAAGAACAAGAAGACCAAGACGACCAUCUUGUCACCACCGCCGCCGCCGCCGCCACUACUGCUACGACGAACUCCUCCCCUAGGGUUUCCUCGUCCUCAAUUACCACCGCCAGCAAUAAUAAUAACAACGAGUGUGCAGGUUGGCUGGAUCUUGGACUCAUGGUCAACGUUGUGGAAAGUAGUAGCGGCGAUGAGUUGAGCGGUCAUUGCUGUAACGAUGUUGAGGCGAUUUUGGCCGGUGGGAAGAGGCGGAAGACGACGGCGGCCACCACUACUACUCAUUCGCCGGGGGUGACGACAUUGUCGCUGUCGAUGGGGGCGGCGUCGGAGGGGAUGGGGAUGUGCACAGAUUUGGAUCUUGAGCUUAGGCUUUGA